CUCGUUUUAUCAUGCUAUCCGGGCGAAAACUCAUACCAAGGCGGUUGUUUAUAACGCAUGGAUUGAGAAUUCCCCUCCAUUCCGUAUACCCCCGCCUAUUCUCCUCCUCUAGAGGGUUCUUCGAGCCCAUUAAUUGGAAUGUGCUCACUCAGAAUGACAUUCCCGCAGCUCUUAGGGACAAAAUAGUCCUCCCAAGCAAACCUCCCAAGACUAAAAAGACCAAGAAAGUUGCUGGCGAACCCCGAACAACCCUUACUGGUGCCAAGGUCAAACACAUCGGCUUGGUAGAUCUUCCACCGGUAACGUCCCUCCGCAAGCCCGAGGUGGAAAACAUCGCCCGCUUGGCACACAACCUCGACCGCGUGUUGUUUUCACCAGGAGUGCACUACCAAAAGGAUCCCCGCACGGGGGUUUACAACUUUACCCCCUUUCUCUCGCAGCUUCCGUCGUUUACAGACGACUCCGAGGCCCAUCUCAAUCAGUACACCCCGCCGUCGAAGGAUCGCAUGCUUCAGGAGUUGACCUCGCUGUGCCACAUGCACGAACCCAAAAAAUACUUUUCCCUGACCUCCUCCAUGACGGGAUGUCUUUCUCAGUUUCACUACUUACUCAGCGGCUUCAGGCCGCCGGCAACGGUAGACGUGGCGAAAAACAUCACGUCCAAGAAGUACACGGAUUUCUCGCCCUCAGCCGUUUCCGCGGCCUCUGUCGUUAUCACAAAGAAAAAGGGGUUGGAUGGAAGAUAUGCCAUCGAUGCGGACAAGUCGUCCGACACGCCGUCGUUCCUCUCGGAAUUUGGUAUAUGCAUGGAGAAAAUUCUCACGCAUACGCCGAAGAAGUUCCGAGGAAAGUUCCGUGCCGAUAUACGACUGGAACCCCCUCCCGAGGUCUACAACUAUAGCACGUUCCAGAAAUUUGUGAUGCGGUCGCAGUUGGACUGCUACGACCCCAGACUACCGGGAAACGGCACCUUUGACCUCAAGACCCGGUCGGUAUGUGCGAUUCGCUACGAUCAGCUCUUUACCGAGGCAAAGUACCGCAAUCCCGACGCGUCAAUCGAUUACCUGAUCCACCAGAGCUAUGGUGUGAUGGAAAGCUUCGAGCGGGAGUUCUACGACUUGAUCCGCACGGGAAUGCUCAAGUACAGCUUGCAGGCGCGGAUCGGGAUGAUGGACGGGAUCUUCAUCUGCUACCACAACACAGAACUGGCUUUUGGGUACCAGUACGUUCCGUUGGUUGAGUUGGAUAAAAUAUUUCAUAGCCAUGUGGCUACUGCGGCCCUCGAAACUAACUUGGAGGAGCUGUACUUGGACUCUAUGCACGCAGCUGACGCAGACUAUUCCAAAGAACGACCUACGGAAAUCGCAGAGGCGGAGUUCAGGUUUUCGAUGCAUCUCUGGGAGCAGGUGCUUGAAAAGGUGACCAGUAUGCAGCCAGAUUCAUCCAUUCGGUUGGUGAUGAAGGCACUGAAACAGGCCCCAGGAACUAUGGACAUUUUGGUUUGUCCUUUGACCGAGGAAGAAGUGGUGUUGCUCCAGGAUCGAAAACCGAACGUGACUCCUUCGACGCCAUACGAUGCCAAGUUGGUCUUAUUAGACGAAUAUCUCGAUGAGCUGGCACGGGUGAAUGAAUCCACCAUGCAUAAGGCACAGUUGUUGCACUUGACCGUGCGACACUUCUUCGGCAGUAAGCGUCCGUGCGCCCUUGCACAUCCUUCGCCUGUCAACCAGGCUGAAAUUGACUCCUGGGCGUUGCAGUUCAAGUUGAAAAAGUCAAAACGGCAGCGCCAGGAAGUGGAAAGGAUGUAUGUGAGGUUUCUCGAUGAGAGUGUAUUCUUCCAAAUGCCCGGGGACGAAAAUCCGCGGGACGGGUUUAUUCGGCGAUUGAGGCGGUUUUCGAAGUUUGGUAAAGAGAGAAAGGGAGAGAUGGGGAAGCAGGAGGUGUGGGAACCAGUCCAUGCCAACGAUUUGAUGUAGCGGGGUCAAAAUGCCACUCGCGUUUUGUGAUACUGGUAUGCAGCGAUAGAGCCUAUCGUAUUAUAAUCUAUAAUUUCCUUCUUUUAUGUUAAUUAUUGUAUAUCGUUACAAACCGUGCGUAAGGUCGUGGCUAUCAAUCGCACUCAACCUGGAUCUAUAGGAUGUACCACGGUCAUCCUCAACACUACCAAACAAAAAAAAAAAAAAAAAA